CAGUUAUUAUCGAAUGUUCAAUAAUAUCUUACGGAGAAAUAGCCAUGGUCACGUCAACGGAAGUCUGAGUAGAACGCCCAUUAGAUCUCCUGUGAACAAUGUUCGUAGUAAUGAUAAUCAUAUAGUUGGACGAUCUACAGUAUUAGUGAGAUCAAAUAGUCAAGAGACUCUAACAACUUUAGUUACUGAUCAAGAUCAACAUUCACCAUUGAACAAUGCUAGUAUAAUUCGAACUGAUAGUCCAUACCAGGCUCUUGAUUCAAGUAAUGAUAUGGAAUCACUCUAUUCUGAUGCCACCACCCUUUAUAAUGAGCCGAUAGAAAUCAUGGGGCGUACAUUACCACAAUAUAAUGCUGUUAAACAAUUACCAUUAAUAUCAACAUUCUUUCAUUCUGGAACCAUGAUGUUCAAAUCAAUCAAUUCAUUUGAUAAAUAUUUAGACACCGUUAAUGAAUCUACUGGGUCAUUGACGGAGCAUCCAAUUUUACAAACAUUUUCAUCUAAAUUAGGCUUAUUAAAGAUUAACUCGCCGAUCUUAUCGAUAUAUCGAUUCAAAACAUGUAAUGAGAAGUAUGAAUUUGUUAAAGUGUAUUUUAAGGUGGUUACGACAUACGUUAAUUAUUAUAUCUUGAAAUUUUUCAACGAGAAGGGUGAAAUUACAAGCACAGUCCAUUUAUUGAACAAUAAUAGUCACACGCCAACAGUUGAUUUCAACCUCUAUGAUACUAAUUUCCGAAUUAUAGGUGUUACAGGGACUUCAUCUACGUUUGGUACUAACAGUUUAAUUAAGGCUUUUGUAAUGAGAAAAGAUGCAGAGUUAUUAAGUAAUGAUUUAGAAUUUAAUGAGAAAGACCAAAUCAAGAACCUCAAACAAAAUUCACCUACCUCGAAUACAUUUUUCAAGUUGAUAGAGAGUCAAGAUAGACGUGCAAUUUUAAAUUCAAUUGAAGAGCAUAAGCCAUUAGUCAACACUCCUAUGUGUCAGUACUUAGAUGAGGGAAAUGUCAAAUUAAAGAAGAGUUUUUUAAAGAAUGGGACUUUCAGAUUAUUUGAUUAUCAGAAUGAUGAUAUCAGUGAGGAAGGAUUGAAAUUAUGCAGUAUUCUUCUAGUUCUUAGAGAACAAGAGUAUAGAAAAUUUAAAAGUAACAAUAAGCCUACGUAUAUAGCAAAUAAGGAAUAAUAACUAUGUUACUUAAUAGAAGUUUUUGGUUGC